AGUUAUCCCGUUUUACCCCACCAAUGAGGUUAAUCAUCCCCAUUUUCGCCUGCAUCGCCAGUUCAGUCCUCGGCGCUAAGGAAGAGGAAAAAGUAUCCGGCCCCGUAGUUGGUAUCGAUCUUGGUACUACCUAUUCUUGUGUCGGCAUCUACAAGAACGGCCGUGUCGAGAUCAUCCCCAACGACCAAGGUAACCGUAUCACCCCGUCAUACGUGGCCUUCACUGAUGAAGAGCGUCUCGUCGGCGAGGCCGCGAAGAACUAUGUGGCAGUCGAUCCGCAGAAUACAGUCUUCGAUGUCAAGCGACUCAUCGGGCGUCGCUACUCUGACAAGACCGUUCAGCGUGAUAAGAAGCUAUUGCCUUUCAGUAUCAUCGACAAAGGCGGCAAGCCUAUGAUAGAGAUCGCCGUCAAGGGCCAGAAGAAGGCUCUGACUCCCGAGGAAAUAUCGGCUAUGGUGUUGACAAAGAUGAAGGAGACUGCUGAGAAUUACCUCGGUACUGAAGUCAAGAAUGCCGUGAUCACUGUUCCGGCUUACUUCAACGAUGGCCAGCGUCAAGCCACUAAGGAUGCUGGUGCUAUUGCUGGCCUCAAUGUUAUGAGAAUUAUCAACGAGCCCACAGCCGCUGCUAUCGCCUAUGGUCUCGACAAGAAGUCUGAGAAGAAUAUCCUCGUCUAUGACCUUGGUGGUGGUACCUUCGAUGUCUCUCUUUUGACCAUCGACAAUGGCGUUUUCGAGGUCGUUGCGACCUCUGGUGAUACUCAUCUGGGUGGUGAAGAUUUCGACCAACGCGUCAUGGAUCAUUUCAUCAAAGUUUUUCAGAAGAAACACAAGAAGGAUCUCCGUUCAGACAAGCGGGCUUUGGCUAAGCUCCGUAGGGAGGUCGAGAAAGGCAAGAGGGCUUUGUCAUCUACUCAUCAAGCUCGUAUCGAAAUUGAAGGCAUCAUGGACGGCAUUGAUUUCUCCGAGACUCUCUCCAGAGCUCGUUUUGAGGAGCUGAACGCCGAUUUGUUCAAGAACACUCUCACACCAGUGAAGACUGUCCUCGACGAUUCCGGCUUGUCCAAGAGUCAGAUUGACGAGGUCGUGCUGGUCGGUGGUUCUACUCGUAUUCCUAAGAUUCAGUCAUUGAUUAAGGACUUCUUCGGCGGUAAGGAACCUAACCGUGGUAUCAACCCUGAUGAGGCUGUCGCCUAUGGUGCUGCUGUCCAGGGUGGUAUCUUGAAGGGUGAAGGCGGCCAAGAUCUUCUAUUGUUGGAUGUCACUCCUCUAUCUCUCGGUAUUGAGACUGUCGGAGGUGUCAUGACCAAGAUCAUCAACCGUAACACUGUCAUUCCCACGAAGAAGUCCCAGGUCUUCUCAACCUAUCAGGACAACCAACCCGCCGUUAACAUUCGGGUCUUCGAGGGUGAGCGUCCUAUGACCAAGGACAAUCAUGAGCUUGGAAACUUCGAGCUCUCGGGCAUCCCACCUGCUCCUCGUGGUCAGCCACAGAUUGAGGUUACUUUUGAGAUUGAUGCCAAUGGUAUUAUGAACGUCCAAGCUGUCGAUAAGGGCACUGGGAAGAAGGAGCAUGUCACCAUCACAAAUGACAAGGGUCGUCUAUCUGAAGAACAGAUUGAGCAGAUGAUUCGGGACGCUGAGAAGUAUGCUGAUGAGGAUAAGAAGACUAAGGAGAAGCUCGACGCGAAGAACGCCUAUGAUAACUACCUUCACUCGAUGCGCAGUGCCAUCGAAGGCAGUGGUGGCCAACCUGGUCUCGGUGAGAAGAUGGACGAGGAGGAGAAGGAGCAAGUCCUCGAGGCUGUCAAGGACGGCGAGGACUGGAUCUCUGCUAAUGCGGAGACUGCGGAUGCCGAUGAGAUCAAAGCUCAGCAGAAGGAGACUGAGGGUGUUUGUGCUCCCAUUAUCAGCAAAUACUAUCAGGCUGGAGGUGGUGGAGAGGAUAUGGAAGAUGAGGAAGAGGAUGAUGCUCCAGAUGAGUUGUAAGUUUUUUACAUAUGUCAGGUGGAGAGAUCAAAAACACCUGUUAGAAGAUACCGCAGUCGAUAUCAUGACCUGCUCUUUUU